CUUAGCAUCACCACAGCCACUCCUCCCAUUCCUUCACAGAAUGCUCUGCACCUUGUCGUCCAGCUUUUCCCUCAGGUCGCCAUACUCGUUUCGCCGGGCGUCGAGCCCCUCUGCCUUCUUGAGGUCGCCCAGCUGGAAGGGCCAGAGGAACUUGAGCACAUCCUUGGCCCGCUCCCCGCCCUUGAAGACCUCCUGCACCAUGUCCUCCACACAGAGCAUCCCCAGGUGGCCCAGGUGGUCCUCCACAUAUGUGUUGUCCGUCAGCGGCUCCUUCUUGGUGCGUCCGGGUACAUGCAGGCGGGCCCGUUUGCUGAAGAGCUGACGGACAGUCGACAGAGUGGGAGGGCCGUAGAAGAUGAAGGGCUCCACGCUCUUGAGCCUCGCCACGUUGUCGAGGUUGUUGAGCACCAGCACACCCGUGAAGGCCUUGGUGAGUCCCAGGCCCUUCAGCGCGCCUCUGGUCGCCGCAUUGCCGCCUUUCCGUCCGUUGCGGACAGCUAGAAAGACAGCCGUGGAGUGCUUGAGCUUGGCGCUCUUGGUCCUCCUCUGCUCGCGGGUCUGCCGCUUUCUGUCGAGGUGCCGAUUCCGAUACUCCUUGAUGAGCUUCUGGACCGUCACGAUGGGCGAGCGCCGCUGCUUCUUGACAGACUGCUCCUUGGCCAGCGCGAUCUUCCUUCGCCGCUCAGCGAUGCCGGCAAGGUCAUGACGCCGCUUCCGCAGGACAGUCUCAGACACCUUGAUGCUCUCGCCCUCUCGCCGAGGCUUCAGCUGACCAGAAGGGCCACUCGACAGGUCAGGACCUUCAUCGACCUCCAUGGGAAAGAGGGGAUGAAUGCAACGAGCACAGGCGGUUCCGCAACGCAGCUGGGAAAGAGAAAGUGGAGGAGAUGGGUGGAAACGAAGUGAAGGGUUUGGGGCAGAGGGUUUCGG